AUCGGCCCUACCACCACCACCGCCGCCGACCUUACUAUCAACAAUACCGUUCCGCCGCCGCCACCGCCGAUGGCGACGGCGGCGGCGGCGGCGGCGGCGGCGUCAGCCCCACCGAUGUGGUGGGCCCCAUGGAUAUGGCCGUGGGGAAUUAUAUCACCGUCGACAUCGGCCCCACUACCAUCGCCGCCGUCGACAUCGGCCCCACUACCAUCACCACCACCACCAUCACCAUUAUUGCCACAGCAAUAUACAAGACCUCCUCGCUGGCAACGUGGAAGUAAAAAAUUCAAAAAAAGAGGCGGCGGGCAAAACCGCGGGAGAGGCCGUGGGAGAGGCCGUGGGAGAGGCCAAAACAUAUAUAUUACGUACCAGUAAAAAAGCACCUGUCCUGGGACAAAAACCUCGCGCGCGUACAGUUGGCGCGAGGCACUACCGUGCCUCUUGAUAUAUUUUAAUUAACAACUGUAUAUAAUAUUUUAAAAUAAAUAUUAAGCAUUCAC